AUGCCGAUUCAGGCCAUUCUUCCCCGCCAUCCCAUUAUCGUAGUGCGGCAAUCGUGGAAUGAGAAAGAACGAGUGUAUAUAAGAGCAACCGAUAAGCGUAGUUAUAGCUUCACACUCACACAGUUCCACCUGAACAACCCAAUCCCGAAGUUCAAGGUCUUCCAAAUCUCAGCAACCAUGCAUUCCCUUACCAGAUCAUUGGUCUCCCUAUCCUUACUAUCAAGCACCAUUCAUGCUCAAACCAUCGCCCGUGUCUGGACACACUUCUACCCCAAUUGUCCUGGCCAGCCAUUCACCAACCUCGACACCUACGAGAAUUACCACGAAUCUUCCCCAUCCCAAGACAUCACAGUGGGCAGCUGCAAGAACUUCCCCGUCCCCUCCUACGAACGCAGCCUCGUCAGCGCCAUUUCCGUCGAUGCAGAACUCCUCUCCCACAACCACGACCUGCCCUUCUUAGAAGGCGGCAGCGGCUGCAAUAUCACCGUACAUGAAGUUCCAGGCUGCAUCGACCCGCCCCUCAUCAGCCAAGAGAUUCGAAAUGGAGUUGAGAUCAGCCAAUGCGAGCCCCGCCACUUUGUCGCCUAUAGCCAGGUCGACAAGACCCAUGCCCCAGCCCAAAAGCACACGCAACCAGAUACCCAACAAGCCCAGCCUACUAAGCCGGAGGAUCCUAUGCGCGCCGAGAAGCACACUUCCGUUGAGGAUAUCAACAAUAUUCAGAUGCCCGGGUCCAACGCGGAUUCUUGGCAUUUGUCCCCGACUACGCAGAACCAGCGCGAGCCUGCUCAGGAGAGCCGUGUUAAUGAAGCUGGUCAUGCCGAGAGCGAUCGAAUCGUUCAUAAGACGUUGGAGUUGUUGAAGAAUAAGACUUCGACUCUUGUGUCUGGGAAGCACAAUGCCAGCCAUCUCCAUGGUGCACUACACAGCAAUGGCACUGCGUCCGGCAAUCGUACUGUGAUGUCCCGUCGUCGUUUGUCUGUUCUUCGCAACCGAGUUGCACGUCUGGCUUAG